AUGGUGAGCGAGAGUCAUCAUGAGGCCCUGGCAGCCCCGCCAAUCACCACUGCUGCCACUGUUCUACCAAAUAAUGCCACAGAGCCAGCCAGUCCUGGGGAAGGAAAGGAGGAUGGCUUUUCUAAGCUGAAGGAAAAGUUUAUGAAUGAGUUGCAUAAAAUUCCAUUGCCACCGUGGGCCUUAAUUGCCAUAGCCAUAGUCGCAGUCCUUUUAGUCCUGACGUGCUGCUUUUGUAUCUGUAAGAAAUGCUUGUUCAAAAAGAAAAACAAAAAGAAGGGAAAGGAAAAGGGAGGGAAGAAUGCCAUUAACAUGAAAGAUGUGAAAGACUUAGGGAAGACCAUGAAAGAUCAGGCCCUGAAGGAUGAUGAUGCUGAAACUGGAUUGACUGAUGGGGAAGAAAAAGAAGAACCCAAAGAAGAGGAGAAAUUGGGAAAACUUCAAUAUUCACUGGAUUAUGAUUUCCAGAAUAACCAGCUGCUGGUAGGAAUCAUCCAAGCUGCCGAGCUGCCCGCCUUAGACAUGGGGGGCACAUCUGAUCCCUAUGUGAAGGUGUUUCUGCUGCCAGAUAAAAAGAAGAAAUUUGAGACCAAAGUCCACCGAAAGACCCUUAAUCCUGUCUUCAACGAGCAAUUUACUUUCAAGGUGCCGUAUUCGGAAUUGGGUGGCAAAACUCUGGUGAUGGCUGUCUAUGAUUUUGAUCGUUUCUCCAAGCAUGACAUCAUUGGGGAAUUUAAAGUCCCCAUGAAUACAGUGGAUUUCGGUCACGUAACUGAGGAGUGGCGUGAUCUGCAAAGUGCAGAGAAGGAAGAGCAAGAGAAAUUGGGUGAUAUCUGCUUCUCCCUCCGCUACGUACCUACCGCUGGCAAACUGACUGUUGUCAUUCUUGAGGCAAAGAACCUGAAGAAGAUGGACGUAGGUGGCUUGUCUGACCCUUAUGUGAAGAUUCAUCUGAUGCAGAAUGGCAAGAGGCUGAAGAAGAAAAAGACAACGAUUAAAAAGAACACACUUAACCCCUACUACAAUGAGUCAUUCAGCUUUGAAGUACCCUUCGAGCAAAUCCAGAAAGUGCAAGUGGUGGUAACUGUUUUGGACUAUGACAAGAUUGGCAAGAACGAUGCCAUCGGCAAAGUCUUUGUGGGCUACAAUAGCACCGGCGCGGAGCUGCGACAUUGGUCAGAUAUGCUGGCCAACCCCAGGCGACCCAUUGCCCAAUGGCACACCCUACAGGUAGAGGAGGAAGUUGACGCCAUGCUGGCCGUCAAGAAGUGA